CAAUCCGAAAUAGGCUAUUAAUGGAAAGAUGCAAAAAUCUUGUAAUAGCAUAGAACAAAGGAUAAUACAUUUUGUUAUUCUGAAUGUCACUGCGUUUAUUCAAUUAAUCAGAAUAUUUUUUACAAAAUAUUUAGUAGCCUCGAAGUGUUCCACAUCUAUUUAGUGAACAAAUACUGUGAACCGCCUAACCACAUUAUUUUGUCACCUUCCAAUUUAAAUACUUAGGAUUGUCAAAUCAAUAAAGAUAUGAAGGCUAUCAAUUGUCCGCCAUUUAUAUCAGUAGUUACACCUUUUAUUUAAUGGCAAAAGUGGGGAACAUUACUAUACAAGUGCAUAUUGGAUACUGCUUAAUAAAUGUAGCUCUUAACAUAUGCAUCAAACCCUUUCUUUCCACAGCCUCUUCUCACGUCUCCCAAUGACGUAAUGCUCUUUUACGUACUCAGCGUGCAGUUGGGAACGCUCCACACGUGAUAACAGGAAGUAAAAGUCCCUCCCAAUAUUGUCCCAUCUAAGGAGAAGAUGAUAAAAAAUCGCAGCUUGUGUUACUACUCUUUAAUUAAUUUAUUUUAUACUUAAAUAUUGCUAUCUCAGUCAUUAAUAGGCGUUUCUGAUCGCCACCAGAAGGAGAAACAACCGGAGAGCUUUUAAUAUGAAAUCAACCCAACGACCGUAACAGGAUGCAGACAAGACCGACCCCCGUCCUGAAAAUAUGAUCUGCCGCAUCCUUUCGUGUUGUUGAUCACAAUGUCGCCUUAAUUACAAAAAACAUUCAACACAGCGACUGUAUUCAGAAGCGGGGACUCUGACAAUGGAGGGCGAGGAAGAACGAGGGGUGGUGCGGGUGAAAGUCAAGAAAUGUGACGGAGGGCUUCCGGCGGAGUUUCGCACGUUCGCGGUGGAUCCUCAGAUUACAUCACUGGAAGUGCUCCAGCACAUCCUCAUCCGAGCUUUCGACCUCAACGGGAAGCAGAACUUUGGGAUGAGUUACGUAUCUCGGGAUCGGAGCGGGGCUGAGAUGGAUCAGUGUCUGCUUUCCGACGGGGAUUUAGACGCUGCCUUCGCCAGCGCAGCCAAACCCUACCUAGAGCUCAAGAUCGACCUCAAGCCUUCAGAGGACAGUCCUGUGAUGGAGGAGUGGGACAUCAUCAGCCCUAAAGACGUGAUUGGCUCCGAGCAGCUGAUGGGGGACAGGGCGCGGGCCCUGGCUGCCACCGCCCUCCCCUUCACCCAGUCCCUUCUGGCCCAGGUGGUGGACGAGGUCCCGCACCCCGUCGGACACCUCUUCUACCAGCCGCUGACGGCCGCGCUGACCCAGAUGGGCAGGACCCUCUCCCGGGUGCAGCAGGCGCUGAGCUGGUCGUACGGCGAGGAGGUGAAGCCCUUCAAGCCGCCGCUGAGCGACGGCGAGUUCCACUGCUACCUCAACGGCCAGGGCCAGCUGACGCGCCCCGAAGACCUGCGGCUCCGCAUCUACCACGGCGGCCUGGAGCCGUCGCUACGCAAGGUGGUGUGGCGGUACCUCCUCAACGUGUACCCCGACGGACUCAGCGGCCAGGAGCGGAUGGACUACAUGAAGCGUAAGACGCGGGAGUACGAGCAGCUGAAGGCGCAGUGGGGCGCGCGCCGGCGCUCAGAGGAGCUGGACUUGGUGCGCGGCAGCGUGCUGAAGGACGUGCUGCGCACGGACCGCACCCACCCCUACUACGCCGGGUCAGAGGACAGCCCCCACCUCACCGCGCUCACCGACCUGCUCACCACCUUCGCCAUCACACACCCGCAGAUCUCGUACUGCCAGGGCAUGAGCGACAUCGCCUCGCCCAUCCUGGCCGUCAUGGACAACGAGGCGCACGCCUUCAUCUGCUUCUGCGGCAUCAUGAAGCGGCUGGAGGGGAACUUCCGGCCCGACGGCCAGCUCAUGUCCGUCAAGUUCCAGCACCUGAAGCUGCUGCUGCAGUACUCGGACCCUGAGUUCUACGCCUACCUGGUGUCGCGCGGCGCCGACGACCUCUUCUUCUGCUACCGCUGGCUGCUGCUGGAGCUGAAGCGGGAGUUCGCCUUUGACGACGCCCUCCGGAUGCUGGAGGUCACCUGGAGCUCGCUGCCCCCCGACCCCCCCGAGACGGAGGCGGAGCUGGUCGGCCCGCCGCUGGAGCCGGAGGAGGCGGGCGAGGCGUGCGGCGAGGCGUGCGGCGAGGCGUGCGGCGAGGCGUGCGGCGAGGCGGGCGUGUCUCCCUCCUCCCCCCCCGGCCCCCGUCUUGGGGAGACGACGGGGCAGCGGCGGCGACACAUGCUCCGCCCCUCCAGGGAGGAGCCGGAGGGCGGGAGGAUGGAGUUUGAAGGAGAGCGACCCGGCGUGUGCGCUGGCGGGGUACAGGGCGGGGAGGGGGCGGGGGGGGGCGGGGCUUUGGAGGGGACCCCGUCCGCCCCUCCUCUUGAGAAGCAGCUGAGCUUCGGGGAGUUUAAGUACUACUGCGCUCGCAAACGGGACAGCUUCGACAUGGAAGGCACCUCCAUGAUGGGGGACCGGCCCCUCGACCCCCUGACCUCUGACCCCGCGCCGGGCGCCCCCAGCCGCCAGUCCACCCUGGACAGCGAGGACGACCCGGGGGAGAGGUCUCCGCUCAUACAGAGCCUCGACCCCGACGCCAGGACGUCCAACAAGCGGACGGUGUCCUCCCACCGGCCGGCCCCCGGCGGCCCGUCUGGCAGGGAGCCCAGCGGCGGCCCGCCCGCGUCCGGGUCCCCGGACUCCCCCCCGCCCAAGUACACCUGCUCGGCUGACAGCGGAGGCUCCUCGCAGAGAACUCUAGCCUCCCCCGCCGGCGCCCCCCCGCCGCCCGCCGCCGCCACGCAGGCCUCCGUGUCGUCGCCGCCGCCCGGCCGCUCGCUGCUCUCGUCGCCCAUCCUGUCCUUCGCCAGGGGCCCCUCUUCACCGGGCGGCCGGCCCUUCUCCGGCACCCUGCCGCUGGCCGGCAGCCAGUCGCCCCCGUCCUGCAGGGGCCCAGCCCCCAGGCCCUGCUCGCUGCCCCCGCCCCAGGAGUUCGGUAAGGGCAACCCCUUCAUGCUGUUCCUGUGCCUGUCCAUCCUGCUGGAGCACCGCGACCACAUCGUGAAGAACAGCCUGGACUACAACGAGCUGGCCAUGCACUUUGACCGGCUGGUCCGGCGCCACCACCUGGGCCGCGUGCUGCAGCGCGCCAAGGCCCUGUUCGCCGACUACCUGCAGAGCGAGGUGUGGGACUCGGAGGAGGGCGACGAGGCCAGCUCGGACUCCCCCGUCACGGCCCACCCCCUCCGCUCCCCCUCCAGGCCCGUCAGCACCCCCCUGGCCACCCCCCCCGCCUCGUCCCCCAACUCCACCUACAACCUCUCCACCACCAUCCCCUCCCCCCCCGCGGCCCCUUCCCCCAAAGGGGCCCCCUUCCCCCCCGCGGCCCCCUCCCCCCCCGGGGCCCCCUCCCCCACCGGGGCCGCCUCCCCCCUGCACUCGUCCUGAUCGUGCGGGGCCGGGACAUUGGCAUGGGAUGCCUGGGAUGGACCGCUUCAGACCGCUUCAGACCGCCUCAGACCGCUUCAGACCGCCUCAGACCGCUUCAGACCGCCUCAGACCGCUUCAGACCGCCUCAGACUGCUUCAGACCGCCUCUGACUGCUUCAGAACGCUUCAGACCGUCUCAGACCCCCUCAGACUGCUUCAGACCGCCUCAGACCGCUUCAGAUCCCUCAGACUGCUUCAGACCACCUCAGACUGCUUCAGACCACCUCAGACUGCUUCAGACCUCCUCCGACUGCUUCAGACCUCCUCCGACUGCUUCAGAACGCUUCAGACCGCUUCAGACCGCCUCAGACUGCUUCAGAUCCCUCAGACUGCUUCAGACUGCCUCAGACUGCCUCAGACUGCUUCAGACUGCUUCAGACUGCUUCAGACCGCUUCAGACCGCCUCAGACUGCUUCAGACCGCUUCAGACCGCCUCAGACUGCUCGGACGGAUCAUCCUCUUUUCUACGGCUGGCCCUACUUCAUCGGGCAGUUACUAGUUCACUUUGUUCAGUACAGACACUAGAGCUGAUUUUAUAUGUGUUUAAGACGCUACUCAUUACAUAUUCAUGUAGUCACGAUUAAUCCUUAGCAUUUAAAAAGUUGCUCAUUUUAUUCAUUUUUUUCGCCGGAGGAAACUUAAGCGAGCUUUGAUUGAAAUGAUGAUUUAACGAACGCAAGCAGAAAUUCAGAGGUGAGCCCUGUCACAGUGUGUGUGUGCGCGUGCGUGUGCGUGUGUGUAUCAAGGGGGUACAUGGAGGAUGUGCCCUGCCUGGGAGGACCUGAUCAGACUCAUUGGCAGAUCAUUUUUGUGAAGGCCUUUCAUGCCGAUCUCUGCUGACGACCGGCAAAUAGUUAUGUCAAUUCUGCACUUUCCUCUUUGUUUACAAGUUAUGUUUUCCGAAAAGUGUCUUUACCAAAUAACUUUAGUUAUGCGAUGGGACAUAGGCUAGUAAGGUAAGGUACAGGUUAGGUGAACCCUAUUGGAUCUGCAACGGAACAAAGUGUCGGCCUAGUUCAUUUCACGGACCUAGUUGUCAGCCUCAGUCAUUAUUUCUCUUCUAUUUUCUGAAACUGUGGCCGGUGAGAUCAGUGUUAAAUCUGACUGUUGAUCAAUCUGUUGAUCCAUCCUCCACGGCGAUAUAUCACAGUACCGAAAGUCCCCAUUUGGUCAACUGAACAGAGGAGCUUUUUAUUUUAAAGGGUUUCAGUUAUUGUUUUAUUAUGCUACGCCGUUCAUUUAACUUGACAUGGACAUGAGUCACAAUGACCGUCAUCAGAAAGUGUGGGCUGGGCAGUUUUUUCUUCAGUUUUAACUAUUUUUAAAUAUCUAGAUAUAUAGAUUACGUAACUUCACCUGAUCAAUGUGAAGGUGAAGGCUGGGGUGAAAUCCUGGAAAAGCCAAGAGUAAGGAGGGCUUUCCUCCUUGCUUUGGUUUUAUCUAGUAUUCAACAACACAAACCAAACCAUGCGGCCACACCCAACUCUGCUCGUGUUUAUUGCUGUCAACAGCAGACCUUCGUGUUCUGCUGGAUUUGUACUGUAUAUUUAGGCAAUUUGAAUUGGUCCUCUUGUUUUGGGAAUGUGCUUGUGAUUGAAAAUAACGAGCUAGCUUUGUGGUUCUGAAGAACGCUGAUUGGAUUAUGGUCUUCUCCAAGAGCUUUAGAACUUCCUUUAUCACUCACAGCCAACUGAACAGACGAUCUUAGGUGCAAAAAGACAUUGUCGAGUAGUUUUUGAAGGUCCAUUGUGGGGAAUGGAUUACCUGAGCAAAGAACUAAAACUAUAAGAUAAAUCUGCUGGUUUUGUGUUUCUUCUGUUUCCAGCAGUCUUGGAGAGAUGGGUCGAACAACUUGCCUUUCCUAAUAUUUGCUUUAAUUCACCAUGUUUACGCUUUAUUCCUGGAGACGGAAGAGGGGUUUGUUUGCGUUAUCCAAUUCCCUUCGACUUCGUCAAUGUCUGUGUGUUAUUUUCCGAGAAAUAUCGAGAAAUGUUGCUUGUUUUUUUUUUUUCAACCAAAGAAAACCGAAAGCAUCCACUCAACAAAGCGAACAAAGGAGUAAUCCUUAUGACCGCUUCACGCCCGCCGCGCAGAUGCGUCAUUUCCAACUUCCCUAAACCCUCAGCCUUUUGAUGGUUUUCUUAUACUGUAUGUGUGGCCUCAUUAUUUAUUUGUGUUAUUUCUGCUGCUACCGAGCGCCCAUCCAGACCCUGAUGAUCAAACCGCCGAGGCGGGCUUCUCUUGGUAAAUGAAGAAGUGAAGAGUUUUUUUUACAUGCUUUCCAGAAUCAUCAUGCUGUCAUGUUUGUUUGACCUAAAUGCUGAGGAGACAGCUCCCCACAAGCCCCCCCCCCCCCCCCCCCAUUUUUAUUAUUUUUUUAUUAAGUAAAAUAGCUUUUAUUACAGACUCAUUUACAACUAUUGGUAACAAUUGACCAUUCCAAUUAGUUUCCUUGUGUUGUUCAGUAUAACAUUUUGUAAUAGGGCAUAUUUAAAUAUUUAUAGCCAAUUGAUGAAUCUUGUUGGAUUGAUAUAAUGUGUGCAUUUCUACAAAAUCGGACUUUAUUAUCUCAUUAAAUUAUAAAUGUGCACAAAGGUGAACUUUUUAUUCAUACAUAUUAUGUACCCAUGAUUGUAUAUUGUCCAAAAAUAAAUACCUAUUUAAUGCAAACGGCUUGCCAAAGCGAGAGCUGUUGGUUUCUAUAAAAUGAAUAAUUGUACUGACAUUUCAUCUGAAAUCAUAGGGAACUGGAAACUGCUGAUUAAAUCUUGGGAGUUUGGGUAAAUGAUGCCUUUUAAUUACAACCCUGGCAUGUAUAAAUAUGGUAUUAUGAUGGCAAUAAAGAGUUUUCUUUAAAGACUUAA